ACUUGCGAUAUGCUAGCUGAUGGAACGGUGCUACCAGUCACAUUGUUUUUCACAACUGUGGUAAAUUGUCAAAAUAUAACACCAAAAUAUUUCGCUAAGAGUGUUUGAGGAAUGUUGAUAAAAUAGAGGUUUCACUCUGUGUGGUUAUUGACGUCCCAACUGGCCCAGUAGGUUUGUUUUUGAACGUCUUAAGGGUGUGUUUUUCUCGGUCGCCGUCAACAGCAGUAACGCUAGCAUUAGCAAACAAGCUAACGCGCAAACCCACAUUAUUCUGAUAUUUGACUAAACUAUAAGAGGGAGGCGUUGAUGAGCAGCAAUGUCUGGUAUCGCUCUCAGCAGAUUGUCCCAGGAGCGCAAAGCCUGGAGAAAAGACCACCCAUUUGGUUUUGUUGCUGUGCCUACCAAGAAUCCUGAUGGGACCAUGAACCUGAUGAACUGGGAGUGUGCCAUUCCUGGAAAGAAAGGAACCUUGUGGGAGGGAGGACUCUAUAAACUCAGAAUGCUGUUCAAAGAUGACUACCCUUCCUCACCACCCAAAUGCAAGUUUGAACCACCAAUAUUCCACCCAAAUGUGUACCCAUCAGGCACUGUGUGUCUGUCUAUCCUAGAGGAGGACAAAGACUGGAGGCCUGCCAUCACCAUCAAACAGAUCCUUUUGGGUAUCCAGGAGCUGCUGAAUGAGCCAAACAUUCAAGACCCAGCACAAGCAGAGGCUUACACAAUUUACUGUCAGAACAGGAUGGACUAUGAGAAGCGAGUAAGGGCACAGGCCAAGAAGUUUGCCCCCACAUAGAGUGGAGAGCUGGCCUCUAUCCUGCCUGAGCAGCCUGGACUGAUAGAGUUGACAAACAGGAGGCAGGCAUCACCUGAAGGACCACUCCAAUAAGAAUCCACUUUAAAGUAUUAUUAUACUACUACACAGGUGACAAGAGAGCCUGUUUUCUUUCUUUCUAACUUGCUUUCUUUCUUCCUUUCUUCCUUUCUUUCUUUCUUUCUUUCUUUCUUUCUUUUUUCUUUCUUUUUUUCUGUUUAACAACAAACGUUCAAUAAGAUCUUUUUUUUCCUGUCUUAAAGAAAUACAUAUGCAUUUUUAAUGCAUAGCUGAUGAUCCUAGAACUCUGCUGUCAACACAACCUUUGCUAUUUGUAACUCUUGUAUAAUCCAUAUCUCCAGUUUUCUCAUGAGUGCUGCAAUGCCUACUCAUGACUCCAUUAAUACUGUAAGUCAUGCUAAUGUAUUGACAGAGCUGUAGAAAAAAAGACUUCAUGUCCAAACCACUCUGUGUAAUGUAAAGUCAGUUGUGGCAAAGGAGGAGAUUUCAUAUAUUCUUAUAACUUUACAGUUUUUAUCAAACCAUCAAACUCCACAAGUAUUGUAGAUAGUGUUUCAUGAACAUGGGCAUGAACGGGGACGAAGCUGUCAGACACUCAAUGGAAGUCAACUCUUGCAUUGUGCUCUUAAACACUUGUUCCGUUCUUCUCACAUAUCCAUCGCAUCUGAGUUUGCAGAAAAGCAUCAAAAAAUACAUCAACUCAUCAAAUUCAGGUAAAAGACAAUCCUGGCACUUGUAUAUACAUUGGCAGUUACAGCACCAGUCAUAAGUAUGGACACACUUUCUCAUUAAAGGGAACAGGAAGGUGUGUCCACAUGUUUGACUGGUGCUGUAAGUAGGCAGGAAUUGGUGCUCUGCCCACCUCAAAGAAGGGAAGAGUUACAGAUGGGAAAUGGGGCAGGUGGGUCAGGGCUUUGCUUUCUCCAGUGAACUUAAAUUAUCCUUUAUUGCAGUGAAGCUAAAAUAAUCUUAGUGUUAAGAUUCUUUUUGUGAAUCCAACUGAGAGUGAAAGUUUUUGACAGUUAUGAAUAUAACGCACAUUCAGCACCAGAAUGUCCUCGGUUUCCCAACCAACACGGUAUGAUGUAGCGGAGAAGAUGCAUCGUAAAAGUAACAAAAACUGUUGCCAUGUGUUCGUUUUUUGGAGUUUAUUAAGUCAUUUUAUCCCUCGAUGCUUAUAAAAUUAAAAGGAACAUGUAUAAAACCCCAAAGUUGUUGAAUCUGUAAUUCUACCUGGCAAACAGAAGCUGAAGGAUCCUCAUUGGAAUGGCCUCUCAAACCAGCAACGACAAAUGAAAGUGCACUUGAGAGUAAGCGAAGGCCUGAGAUUUUUUUGCCUCUAAAUAUAUGAGUGCAUGUACAUAAUAUAAAUAAUGAAAAACUGUGGAAGUUAUGUUUUAUAUUGUUUUAGCCAGUUGACAUUUGUGUGUGGUAUUAUAACAAAGAACACAAUAAAUGGCAUAAAAAUUGUGAAAUAAAGUUGAAUAAAAGAAUGAA